ACACAGACAAUAAUUUCACACGCUAUAACAGCCCCGAUCAGAAGACAAAGAGCUCAACAAAAUAGACAUACUAGUGUCAUUGUCAGGUUCUCGGCGCGGCGACGACCGUUCCUUCUGGUCAGGAGCCGCCUCUUUUGUGGAAGUCAAGGCGAAAGACUACCUUGACUGGUUAGACGACACUGUCCAACGGAUUCUGCAUUAUUCCGUAAGUCUCCAAGGGUCAGGGUGCUCAGGUGUGAAUCGUUCGCGCUGAUCCCUACUCCGUCUCUUUGACCACAACGUGAGCGCAAGUUCUGUCAGUACCGUCCGAUCACCUCUCAUGUUCACUUCAUGACGUGGUGUGGGAGCGUCGUGCGGCUAUGGUAUGUCAAUGCCAGUCAAUAUGGCUGUUCUAGAGAUUUCAACACUCAGGAGCCAGACGAUCAGAUUGAAAUCAUCAAGCUUUUGCACUUCUUCACCGACGAGAGAUAUGCCCACCUCUUGUGUGGUCACUGGAAUAUUGCGGCCCAAAAGGAGAUCAUCAUUGAGGCCGACAGCGAGGCUGAAGAAAGCAUCGUUAAGAUUGAGAAAAAAUUGGACGAGCUACACGCACGCCCUGGCCCUUUCAGGACCCGUACUGCAGUGUGGGCUGAUCAAGACAAGCGAGACAAGAAAUAUCAAGGAAAGGUGACAAUGGUCAAAGCCUCGUGGGUAGCCCCCCAUCUGACAAAGCAUGAGUUGAUGAUAUUACGCAAGAUGAAGAAGAAGCGCGUGAACUUGCCAAAUGCCCCUCAUCCGAUUGGCACAGCGCUGCUGCCGGCUGGCUUUUGGCACACCACUUCGGACGUCACGACAGACUCUGCGCUCACGUGGCCUGCCCGUUCUCUCUGUGUCCUUGUAACCAAGCAUUGUAUUGGGAUCCUCAUUCCCCUCGACAUCAAGCCACACGACCUUGUGUACAUCCACCAGCAGCUUGCGGAACAGCUUCUUGCACUCGCAGAAGGAGGAUUUCACUACCGGGACCUGAAUGAGGGCAACAUCCGCCUUCUUCGCGGCACUGAUAACAUUCUUCUCAUCGUGGACUUUGGAAACGUGAGAUUAGAUUUCGAACGACGUGGACAUCACCACCAGUGGGAGGCAACUGCAACAAUUGCAAGAGCCAGAGAUGAUACACGCUCCGCGAAUCCGAUCUUCUUGCCUUCCAGCUGUGCCGCUGCCACACAGGCAAUAAAGGACUGGGAGAAAGCGGUCGACAAGGCAGUCGAAGGAUCACGUCAGGGGCUUCAGGUCGCUCGCAGCAAAACGGGUAGUGAACUCCUCCAGGCCGUGCUUGCGCCCAUUCAGGACCAACUUCGGACACUCCAAGAGGCGCUACGAGACUCGUAUGUCUACAGCCAUCGUUACAUCGAUGACCUGGAGAGCUCGUUGUAUCUGCACGUCUGGCAAGUGAGUGUAGAGCGCCGCGUGGUCGCCAGGCCACGUCUUGACUUACAUUCUUUCCCUUUUACCCUUCGCUGAUCCACCCUUGCCGCAGAGGGCUCACGGCCUGGGGCUGUCGGAGAAUGCAGAGAAGCAUCUGGAGCAGGCACUGACAGUCCACAAGUCAACAAAUUGGAACAAAGCCAAUUAUUGGGAUGACG